AUGGAAAGCGGUAUCAACAGCGACCAGAACUUCUACUCUAGGCGCCUCUCUCCUCCCCCCGAACUUCACCAUCACUCCCAGCAUCCCCGAAUCUACAACCCGCUCCCUCUACCCCAAUUCGACGCACGAUCGCCACAUCUGUCCCCGAAUCUACCCUUCCUUACCACUCAGAACCUACAAGCCGCGGCUACGAAUGCCUACGUGCAGCCCAGAUUAAAUGGAGGUGACCCGGAUGAUUUCUACAGGGAAUAUCGCGGGGUGCCUACAAACGGCCUGAAGACCACGGCUCCCGAGAUGGCAGCUCCAGUUUCUUCUCCGUGUGAAUCAAGGCCGUCUCCUCAGUCAUCUCUAAGAUCGAAUGGACAUGGGACAACGCCAAAGCAUCCGUCGCUACCGCAAGCACGUACCUUUCUGAAGCCAUCGUAUCGGUCAGCAUCAUCCCCUCUGGACGACAGAAGUCUCGGCAACGCAAUGGCCCCAUCUGCUGUGAAUGGAAUUCCAAAUGCCGGGAAACCGAGUGUCAAGGACUUAUUGAAACGAUUUGACCAGAACAACGACCAAGCUGGAUCGACUGGUCGCAAGGCAGCUCCGCGGCCGGCUUCGAAGGAUCGCAGUGGUGCUGGGUAUUUAAGGGAGCGUGGAUACCAGGUAAGGGCUACUGCUCAAAUUGCGGCGUCGCGAGCACCUGGAUCGGUCACGAGAGAGCCGGGAAGAAAAUCCCCAAUCAAGAAUCAGAGGGCUCGAUUUGCUCCAGAGGACCAGCACUCGACAAACGCCCAAGCAGCCAUUCCUCGAAAGGCCCGGAAUACCGCUGCGGGCUCGAACUCGCAAGCUUCAAAGUCCCUGACCAAUCUAUCGCCGACCUCUCCCAACAUUGCGGCUGCUCCAACAAGAAAACCGUUGUUUGGUGAGGUUCUGCAUGUAGAGCAGGGAACACCCAACAUAGCCUAUGGCAUUUCUCGAACCGCAGCGCGCAGAACUUCCGAGUCCAGUCUGCAUCCUUCCCGGCCAUCUCAUGGGCGGAACAAAUCAGACUUCGAUGUCUCCCCCUCCUCUCCCACCGCCUGGUACCUUGGUGUAACGCCUACACUUGAGGAUGUGGAUACAAACAAUCCACGUUCCUCCCUGGGGCACAACAGGAAUCAUAGCGAUUUCCAGGAUUUCAAAGUGAAUACGAUGAAUGGCGUCACUCUAUCGUUUCAUAACCCCAAGCCCCCCCUGCCGCUGCCGACGCAGCCCCCUAGUACAACAGCUGUACAGCCACCCCAAUCUCGCUUGCCGAUGCCCUCAAAGAGGCUGAGCAUCUCGUCCGAUUCGUCAAGCUUGCCCUCCCCGAGCACGAAGUCUCCAAAAGGGACAUCAUCGAACGGAGAGCUUCGAAAAUCAGAGCAGAGAUCUUGGAGCCCUGCCGGCCGGCUCAUGACACCAGUAACUAGGGGAAAGACCCCUCGUUCGUCACCUCGGCGAAAAGUCAGGAAUCCGGACCAGCCCGUCUCAAACAAUGCCAGUCUCCAGGCUUACAUCUCAGCCCCUCUACCCAAGACCUCUCCACCUCUUCGAAGCUCACGGCCUCGACUACCUAUCUCCUCGGCAUCGACCGUCAGUCCACGACGCAAGGCCGCCGAUGGGUCUGGCUCCCCACGCCACGUCAGAUCUGGCAUGAAAAUUAUACGCAACCACGCAGACGCGAUCGACUUGAAGAAUCGGGCCACGCCGGAGGUGCCUAUGAGUAAGGAGGACUUCGUGGCGAAGAGGGAGUUGAUACGCAGGGCAUACACAAAGUCGAUUCACGAGAGUGAGCAGAAGCAGAUUCGAUUGGAAAACCUACGAAGAUUGAGUGAACGGCGGGCAGUGGAGGCAUCAUUAACGUCGCAAGCGCCGCAAGAUAUCGAGAAGGACUUGCCAUCUCCCACACAGGCACCUCCUGAAGAAGCUGUGGUGGAGGCUAGAUCGUCUCCUGUGCAGGCCAAUACGUCCCUACUUCCUUUGCAUAUCAAUACGUCCUUUCAAAGACCAGAACCUGUGCAGCAAAAUGUGGCGUUGGGUGAAGAUUCCCCAACCCUUGGGAUGCCGGGCACCUCUGCUGACGGCGAGGACGUCCCUCCUCCAUCUGCUAUUUCCAAUGCAACUGGCGUCACGGAUAUUGACAAUGAGCCACAAACCGAAGCUGCGCGCCUGAGCCGGAUGCCGUCGAGGCCCAGUGGACUCUCUAGUCACUCGGAUUUUUUCGGCGAUAUGCUUAGUCCCGAGCAAGCCUAUUACGGAAUGCAGGGUCUCGGAUCGGAGGUAGAUCAGGAUACCAUCCAAAUCAUGCUUGAUGCGACUCAGGUAAAGAAGUCACAGCAGCUCGAGUCCACUCCUACUAAUGAAGGAUUUACCCGAGAACCCGCACCCGCAGUUGUGUUCCGUGCGGAUGACCAACCCGUGUUCAACUCUACCAUUACCGCUGCAAGUCCUCGAACGGAGACGCCAGCUGAACUUCGCGCCAUCUCUCCCUUCGCGUCUGGUGGAAAUCACUUCGAGGCGGAGGAUGAAGUUCACGAUAUGCCAGAUGAGGCUAUGAAUCCUAGAGCAUACGCUCAAAGUCCCGAGAUUGCAUACAAUGAAGAGCCAGUUGAUUCCCUUAAGGUCGAAUUUCCAAGCCUCCAUACUGCCUCGGUUACUCCAAGCGAAAAUGGUCAGGACUUUCCCAGCACUCCUACCACCGACAUGGAGUGCGAAAGCUCAGACGGAGGAGAACACACCAGUUCUGCUGAAAUUGAAACUAAUGAGCACACAUUCGAGAGCCGAGAUGGACAGACGUGGCCGCGAACCUCCGACUCGAACCAUCAGUCCUGGAGGACCGAUUAUUCCGUUGAGACUGUAGAAGAGUUCUCUGAGAGAGAGGAAUAUCCUUACCCUGCUACAUCAGAGACAGAGCAGAAACCGCUUCCACCUCCCAAGACGUGUGAGGUGUCUCCUGACAGCCCGCCAACCACGGAUGGGUGCAGCCCACUUCCGUCACCACGGCUUCCGACGAAAACAUUAAUGCUUUCGAGCCCUCCCCGGCAUCAACUUCCUCCCAUCUCGACAGGAGACGGGUUAGGACUAGGGUUUGCUAGCGCAUCACCAUCUUUCAACAUUGGCUCGUCUACUCCCCACUGGCCUGAACACUCUCCUCCACCACCACCCGAAGAACCAGUAGACGCUUCCCGUUCACCUCCUCCUCCGAGUUUUUACAACCGCAGGCCACCCUCCAGUCCGUACCAAUCCAGUGCAAAUGGCAACCCAAUUCCGGACUCGAGGCGAGCAAGCGGUGAUCUUUAUUCUCCUCGUCCUUCGAUAUCAACACCUCGGUCUAGCUCUCAGAUCUUCUGUGAUGAUGCUAACAACGAUUCCAAGGCCAAACUCCAACCUGAUGCGACUGAUGCUAACAACGAUUCCAAGGCCAGAAUCCAACCUGAUGCGAUCAUGACGGAAGAAGAGAAGCAGGCACAGGAGGCGACUCGGAAACGCCUAUUCAAGCGAAUGAUGGGUAUCAAGGAGCUGAUUGAUACUGAAGCAGUCUACAUCAAAGAUAUGAAUGUGGUCGAGGAGAUCUACAAGGGUACUGCAGAGGCAUGCCCUAAACUUGAUCCUGGUGAUAUCAAGACGAUCUUCCGGAACUCUAACGAGGUAGUGGAUUUCUCGACUCAUUUUCUGGACGAAUUAAAGUCCGCGGCAUCCAGUAUCUACUCUCCACGAAAGAAGUCGAGGAGCAAGGCAACAGAGGCUUCGGCUUCCGUUGAGGGAUGCUCCGUUGCAACCAAAUCGAACGAGGAGACUGACGAGCAGAAAGAUCGAAAGACGUUCAUCGGAUCGCAGUUCAACAAGAAUUUGGCGCGAAUGCGGACCGUAUACACAGAUUUUCUCAAGAACAGUGAAGCUGCCAACGCUCGCUUGACGGUCCUUCAAAGCGAUGGUGCUGUCAAAGUCUGGUUAGGCGAAUGCAAUUCUGUGGCCAAGGAUCUCACUGGUGCAUGGGAUCUCAACGCUCUACUUGUCAAGCCGGUUCAACGCAUCACUCGGUACCAGUUAUUCCUGGCUACAUUCAAGUCGCUCACCCCACUGGAUCAUCCCGAUUAUGCUGCCCUUCAAACUGCGGCACAAGAGAUGGGACAACUACUGCAGGAUAUUGAUGAUCUCAAGAAGCGUCUCGCCAAGGUCGGAGAGAUUGUUGGUCGAAAACGCAAGGAGUCUGAUGUUCGGACUGGUAUCGCCAAGGCCUUUGGGAGACGCUCGGAGAAGCUUGCCGCAAAUCCGAACCGUCCACCUGACGACGAGGUUUAUCUCAAGCUACACGACAAGUUCGGAGACGAUUACUUGAGACUUCAGGUCAUUCUUCGAGAUGCCGAGUAUCAGACCCGAGAGGCGACAAACUACGUCAACAAUAACCUGCGACUGUUUUCGGCUAUGGAACUAUUUAUGCGCAUGUUUCCAAGCUCGAUUCCCGAGAUUGAGAGCAAAUGGGUGCGCUUCAACAUGUCCAUGAGAGCCAUUGGUAGUGUCGGGCUGGAUGAUCACGUGGCAGCUGUCCGGACGCAAGUCAUCGAACCCGUAGAGAAGAUAAUUGCCCUGUACGGACCGCCUGGACUCGCCAUGAAGAAACGCAACAAGCGCCGUCUUGAUUACGAAAAGUCUCUGACUCUGAAGUCUUCGGGAAAGAAGAUCGAUGAAAAGUUGGUAGAACUUGUCGCACAAUAUGAGGCUCUGAACGAGACGCUGAAGCUCGAGCUCCCCAAGCUGGCGAGUUUGACCAAUACUAUUGGGCAGAUUUUCUCUACUCGGCUGCUGUAUAUACAAUCAGACUGGUGGGAGAUGUGGAAGGAAAAGCUUGGCCAGAACUUGGAGCAGGGUCAGAUGGCGACUAGUAUUCAAGGUAUCACUGACAUGUUCCACCGUGACUUCAAGUACUCGGAAGCCAAAAUGCAGGAAUUCUCCGUCAUCAAUGGAACCUUUGGCCACGGCAUGUCAUCCCGGCCAUCUCAGUCAACUCAGGAUGACGAGUCUGUACGAAAGGGCAGACCAUCAAACAUUUCAAGCCGUUCGCGUGGAGUCUCACUCAACAGCGAAAAAUCACCCAGUCUACCUACUCCAGAUUUCGGAAAUAGGCAAAGUGGCCCAUUCUUCUCCCCCCUCACGGCGAACAGUCCAGGCCUUCCACCACCCCUGCCCCAUUCACAUUCCGUUUCUGGGAACUCUCGACCAAGAUCUGGAUCUCCCGUUACACCAGACGCAUCCUCCAGCUCACGAUACUACUACAAUCCCGGUAGGCCAAGUACGAGUCGAAGCCAUACUUCUGAUACCCCAGGAAUGCGUCAAAGCCACGACUACAAUAGCCAAUACCGCCGUGAAUCGGGAUCAACGUACAACUCGCACUAUACUGAUGGCCCGCCCCCAUCCACCAGACCGUUCUCUGGAGUAUUCCACUCAGCGAUGCCGCUGCCUGAUGGUCCUGAAGAUAGCCAGCGAUCGUCCCGAGCCUCCUCGCGUGAUCGCAACAUAUCAGGCGGUUAUAACGUGUUGUACCUUGCUGCCAGUUUGUUCGAAUUCAAUAUCAGUGCCACCAAGUCAGAGGCUGGGUACCCGUACUUGACAUAUCAAGCUGGCGAGAUCUUCGAUGUGAUUGGUGAAAAGGGGGAGCUCUGGCUAGCCAAGAACCAAGAUGACCCUGAUGACCAAGUCGGCUGGAUCUGGAGCAAGCAUUUCGCCCGACUAGCUGCUGACUGA